AUGUCGCAGUCCUCUGCGGCGGUUACGCCGGCGGUGCCGGCUGGGGUUCCAUCUACCAGCCCACCAAUUUCAAACCCGGCCGCAGGUACACCUGGUAACCCGCCAAUCCCAAACUCACCUGGUGGGACACCCGCCAACACGCCAGCAUCCCUAGCUACUGGGACAGCCGUCAACACACCAGCAUCAAACCCAGUAAGCGGGACACCUGUCAACGCACCAGUCACAUCCCCAGUUAGUGGGACAUCCCAAAACACCCCCGCAUCAAACCCAGCUGGUGGAACAUCCGCCAACGCACCACAACCAUCAUCCCCACCCGCUUCCACUGGCUCGCGACCCGGCUCCGACCCAAAUUCCGACCACACCUCAGACCACACGUCCGGCAACAGCGGACACACAAACAUGACCAGCGCCAACGGGCCCUUCGCCACAAAAGCCAGAAUUCUCACCCUCAGCGAAGCCAUGGCUUUGGUAGCCGAUCACCCCCAGAAGGCCAUGUUGGCCGCACCUAUCUUCCUGUUCAUCUGCAUCGUGGGGAUGUUUCUAUCCUACAUCGUAACGCUAUACCAAUCGACCUUCCCGCAUGCGACAUGGAAUGCGUCGCUCGACGCCGCUGGGAAGUAUGUCGAGCACAAGGAGAGUGAUGCCAGCAUUGUUUACGCCAGAAAACCGACCACCAAUGCCCGGUCUGUAAAGCACGAUGAUGACGAGGGCAGGAUGGGAGGAAAACUGGUUCAUAAAAGCUCGCUGACCCGUCUUCCGAGUAAAUCGCGACCCCGAUACCAAACUGCCGCUGCCGCCGCCGCCGCUGCUGGUGGUAGCAACAAUACCGACAAUAGCCAGCAUCUGGCGCCAUGGGAGCCAACAACGGACUCCGCGCCGCAUGAAUACGGAGACGCCACCACCGCCUAUGCCGAUGCCCGUGCGGAUCGCCACUGCCCACCCGUCUCCUGCUGUUGUUUACCAGAUGAUGUCGUCGAACCCCUUGGCGCAGGGAUCACCACUUUCGCACCAGGCUUCCGUGUACCAGAUGAUACCCUCAAACGCGUCGGCGCAGGGAUCACCACAUUCGCACCAGGCUUCCGUGUACCAGAUGAUGCCCUCGAACGCGUCGGCGCAGGGAUCACCACAUUCGCAACAGGCUUCACCAAACAGAGGCUUCCCUGA